AUGGCUGACGUUAUGGAGAUAGUCAACAAAUUUUUGAACCGGGACUUGGAGAACCAAAAGCUGAAGCUCUUGGCGGAGGAAGCAGAAAAGAAACUUGAGUCACAGUCCUGGAGCAAAACAUUUUACGACCAUGCAGCGCGGUGCGUUGAAAAACGUAGGUACAAACUUCUGAACCGCUCCUUAGGGGACAUCGACCAGGCUAGGCGAUCCGCAGCUAGCAUCAACGCAAGCCUUGUGCAACUUGGCAUUGAGGUGUGCUGGGUCCAUGAACCAUUAGACGCCACGUAA